AUGUCGACACCCAAUCUUGACACAAACCAGUGGUACUCCAUGUACGUCAACAACGACAACCGUACCUCCCUCCUAGGCACCAACCUGUACAACCGCGCCGGCACAACAGGCGCCGUCUUCUUCAACAACACCAACCCGGACAUUGCAACCCAGCGCUGGCAAAUCUACCCCAUCAACGCAACCGCGUACGUACUCCGCUGCAAAGCCAGCGGCGCAAACGGCUUCAUCGGCACCCAACCCGCCGACGCAGCAGGCGCCAUAACGCCGCUCAUGUUGCGGGGCGACGUGGCCGACAACUCCGUCUUCUGGCGCUUCGGCAGCUGGGGGGAUGGGACGUGGUAUCUGUGGAACAGCGCGAACGGGACGGAAUUCCACUUCGCAGCGCGGAGCGAUGGGCUCGUGACAAUGGAUAAGAACAUCUCUGCGCCGCAGAACAAGCAGCGCUGGGGAUUCGACACGCUGGCCAACAUCGAUGACAAGGCGUACUCCAGCGUGACUCUCCUAAGCACCACCAUCACAUCACCCGCCCCAACAUCUUCCUCGUCUUUGUCCACAGACUCAACAUCCCCACGUCCCUCAUCCGGCCUCUCAACAGCCGGCAAAGCCAGCUUGGGUGGCGUCCUAGGCCUCGCCGCUGUAAUCUUACUCCUGGUCCUCGCACUCCUACACCGCCGGCGCCGGCUGCAGAAGCGCACCCUGCACCCACAAGCCAUGACCGACGAGCCGUUCAAGGCCGAACUGGACCACGAUAGCAGUGUGGCCAAGUAUGAGAUGGCGGGUCAUGUAGUGACCGAGUUGGGUGGGCGCGAGCAGACGAAGCCUGUUGAACUGCCGGGGCAUGUUGGGAGACGGUGA